UUGAUAUAGAAGUAAAUGGAGAACCAAUAGAUAUUCAUAUGAAAUUAGGGGAAUCUGGAGAAGCAUUUUUUGUAGAAGAAACAGAUGAUGAAAUGGUUCCAAGUCAUUUAGCAACAUCACCAAUACCUCCAGCACCAAAUUUAGAGGAGGAAUUAAAAAAAUUGAAAGAAUCUUCCAAAGGAAGUGAAAAUAUAAGCAAUGGAGAUAUUUUAUUAAUAAAUGGUGAAUCCUAUUUAAAAGACAGUGACUUUUUUCAACAAAAUGUUGAUAGUAAAAGUAUUUCCUCUGAUCAAAGUGAAAAUUAUGCAGUUAAAGAAAGUGAAAAUGAAAUGAAUUUACAGACAAAUAUUGUGAAUAAUCAGUCUUAUAAUAAUGAAGUGCCAAACUUCUUACCUGUUCAAAAAGAAGUUUCUGUAGCUAUCCAAACUGAAAAUUGCAAAGAAGAAAAUGAAACAAAAAGCAGUGAUCCAGUUCAGUCAGUUUCAAUUGUUAUAGAUGAAUCUGAUGAUGCAAAAUCUAAAAGAAAACGAAAGAAAAAAUUAAGACCUAAAACAAGAGCAUAUAAUAAAGAAAAUAAAAUUCCUUAUGGUAUUAGAGAGAGUGCGAACAUUCCAAUGACUCAAUCCAUACCAAUUGCAGAUCAUAGAGUUGCAGAUCAAGCAGUUCAAGAGGAGGAAGAGGAAAUAUUCCAUAUGGAUGAGGAUUAUAAUGAUGAUGAAGGGUUUUCAGCUGCAAGUAUGAUUCGUUCAAUGAGUUUACCAUUAAAUAGUGCUGUAUAUAGGGAACACUUAAGGAAGAAUUGGCCAACAAGGAGAUUAUCAGCUACAUAUACUGGAGAAUUGCAUCCUUUCAGUGAUGGUGAUGUAACACCACCAUGCAGUCCUCCUGAAUCACGUCCACCUAGUCCAAAAUCUGAUACUGAGUUUGAAAUUCAGAAAAAUGAUGCCAUAUGUCAAACAGAAUGUGAUGAAGUGAGUUGGGAUUGGGGAGAAUUGCCUAGCAUACCUAAAAAAUCCAUGGAUGGUAAAGGAAAAUUAAUUCCUAAAGUAGAACUUUUGUCAUCUGAUGAUGAAGAUCAGAUUAACAAAUCUAAUAAAACAGAGGAAGAGAAAAGAUCAAUGCUCAGUGGCAUGUGGAAUUUUAUGAGAUCAACAAAAAAAUUAAGACAUAUGCCUGAAAGUGAAGGAAUAUACUUAGAUGAUCUAAAUUUCAAUGAUCUUGAUCCUGAAAUAGCAGCUUUAUAUCUACCAAAAUUUCGAUCCCAGUAUCCUAUAGUCAGAGUAAAAAAUCAAAUGCUUGAAGAUGAUGCUGAAUCUGGUAAUGGACCUUCUUUACCUCAAUCACCACGUAGUGUUGAAGGAGUAUUAGAAGGAUCACAUGGCUUAGAUAGUGAUGUUGAUGAUAGACAUUCAUCAUAUAAUUAUUACAGUAAAUACUACGAUGAUUUGGCUAUGUCUCUUUGUGGUGGAUUACAAGAUACAGAAGGUGAAAUUCCUGAUCAGUGUUUUCUCCAGAGUCUUAUUACAUAUGAUGAUUUUUUGCAAAAUACAUCUUUAUUACAAAAUCCCAAUUUGGUUAUUAGGAUGGGAGGAAAAUAUUACAAUUGGCAAACAGCUGCACCAAUGUUGUUAUCUUUAGCUAUGUUUCAAAGACCUUUGCCUGAGAAAAUAAUUAGUCAAUUGAUAGAUGCUCAUAUGCCAAAAAAGAAGAAAACUAAAAGUUACUCUUGGUGGAAUUGGAGGCGUACUAGUCAAGAAACUGAAACAAAAAAACCUGAUGAUAUCUCAGAGGUAACUAUGUUUGCACUUCUUAUAUAUAUACAUCUGUAUCAUCUAGAAAUAAUAAUAUUUACGUUACAUGAUUUCUACAAACCCCUUUUUUUUUAUUUAAAAUUUUUAAAAUGCAAAAUAGAGAAUAAUAUAUAUUACAAUUUUAGAUAUUACAAUUGGCAAACAGCUGCACCAAUGUUGUUAUCUUUAGCUAUGUUUCAAAGACCUUUGCCUGAGAAAAUAAUUAGUCAAUUGAUAGAUGCUCAUAUGCCAAAAAAGAAGAAAACUAAAAGUUACUCUUGGUGGAAUUGGAGGCGUACUAGUCAAGAAACUGAAACAAAAAAACCUGAUGAUAUCUCAGAGAGAAAUUCAAGCAUACAGUCUACAAAACAAGAAACAACUGCAGAGCAGUCAACUGAGAAGAAAGAGAUCUUAUUAGACUAUAAUUCCACAACUGCUGUUCAAAGUUAUUCAGCUGAGUCAUCUGGUGCUAUAAGUAAUUCAUCAAAAGGACGACUUGAUCUAGUCAAAUCAAAAGAAGAAUUUUAUGCUUCUACUUCAAGUGAAACUGAGGAUGCUGGACCAAUUCUUGAAAAUAAAAAGUCAAAGAUCAAACGAUUAUACUAUCAAGAGAGAUAUCGGAAGACACUUAGAUUGUCCUCUGACAAUAUUAAAAGUUUAAAUUUGAAAGAAGGUCCAAAUGAAGUUGUUUUUAGUGUAACUACUGCAUAUCAAGGUACAACAAGAUGUGUAUGUAAUGUAUAUUUAUGGAAUUAUGAUGAUAAAAUCAUUAUUUCUGAUAUUGAUGGCACAAUAACAAAAUCUGAUGUUCUUGGUCAUAUUUUACCCAUUAUUGGUAAAGAUUGGGCUCAAUUAGGAGUAGCUAAAUUGUUCUCCAAAAUACAAAAUAAUGGCUACCAGUUCCUUUAUUUAUCUGCUCGUGCCAUCGGUCAAGCGAGAAUUACCAGGGAUUAUCUUCGAAGUGUGAAACAAGGUGAUAUAUGUCUACCAGAUGGUCCUCUAUUACUUUCUCCUACUUCCCUUUUUAAUGCCCUCCAUAGAGAAGUAAUUGAGAAGCGACCAGAAGAUUUUAAAAUAAACUGUUUAAAAGAUAUUAGAGCAUUAUUUCCAGCAUUAUCAUAUCCCUUCUAUGCAGGAUUUGGAAAUAAAAUUAAUGAUACGUGGUCCUACAGAGCAGUCGAUAUUCCAAUGGGACGAAUUUUCACGAUUAAUCACCGGGGCGAAUUGAAGUUAGAAUUAAUCCAGACCUUUCAAUCGUCUUACACGCGACUUAGCGAUGUCGUCGACCACAUUUUCCCACCGCUACAACGUCAACACACCGUGAAUUUAGCACCAAAUUUUCCUGCCCCCGAAGAAUUCAGUUACUUCACCUAUUGGAGAUACCCACUUCCACAUCUAGAAGAGAACGACCAUAUGUCAAAAGCCAAAGAAAAAUAAGAAAGUGUACAUAAAAUUAUGGGAAAAAAUUACUACUAGGAUGGAGAUGAGAAUACAUACAUUUGAGAUGUCGUAAGUUACGAUAUUCUAAUAUAUAACGAAAUUCAAUUUUGCCAAACGAGGAGUAUCGAAGAUAUGCAUUUCUUGUGAAAGAUGUGAUAGAUGCAGUACAUGUGAUUAGUUGUAAAAAAGAAAUUGUCCCAAAUCGAUGCAUAUCUAUAUUUAUAAUUAACUCAGGAUACUUGUACAUCAAUCAAUAUCCAGUUUAUUUGUGUGUGUGAUUUUACUUGUUUAUUCCCAUUGGUUUUGAAAAUGUAUUCUGUUUAAUAUGCUUGAUUUGAAAAAUCAUUCGAUAUUAAAUAUUUAUAGAAAUAUAUAAAGAAAAAAAA